UGUUGGUGGUUGACAUGCGAUGACGUCUCCUGCUGGGGACAGUACAGACAGGGUUAGCACAAGACCAUGUUGAAUUGUUGAGCACAAUAAACAGGACAGACCCAGACGGACUGCUCCAACUCCACUGGUGUCCCAGUCAGUUUAAGGAUGAUCUGGUGUUCAGGUAACCACAGCAUUUCUUUGGAUCACUGAUGGUAUUUUAAUACCACGAUCGCCAUCUUCCAGUCUGACGUCUCGUGUCUGAGACAAAGUCCCCCUCAGUGAGCAGACCAUAUGAUGGAUCGUAAUUACAGCAAUGGAGAUAAAGGCUCAAAUCAGCCCUCAGACUGUACAGGUUGGAUGAUGGACAAGGGUGUCUACUUCCUCACGGGGGCCCUCUCCUUCACCGUCCUCACGUUCACACUGCUGGGCAUCCUGUGUAUCAGAAAAUAUCGUUCUUUGAUUCGUACCAUUAGAGAGCUGGAGGUGAGCAAGUCGGCGCUUCACCCUGUACCUCGGCGAGAGGCUCCCGUCAGGCCUGUGAGGCCGGACCCAGCAGCGGAGGAGGAAGAUGAGGAGCUUCCUCUCCGGGCUCCCCUGCAGCACAGCAGCACAGUCAGGUCCUCGUCCAGGGGGCUGUGGAGAGGCCGGCCACAGGUUCCUCGGUUCACUAAGACAGAUCUGAACCUGCUGCAGCUGAUCAAAUCAGGAAAGGAGGGCGCCUUCUACCAGGCCAGGAUGACCAGAGGGACGUGUAAAGGCCACAACAUGUUCACGUGCAAGAUCAGCAAGGAAGGUGUCCGUUCUAAGCAUGUGGACAUAGAGGUUGCCAUCAUGAGGAAACUGGUGCAUCACAAGAACAUCCUGCAGUUACUGGACUGGAGCAACACUGAGGAGCCUUACAUUCUGAUCAUGGAGUAUGUGAGCUAUGGCACUCUGAGGACCUUCCUGCAGAGCAACAGAAGCCACCUGAGUGCAGAUCCUGAGCUGCAGAGCCUCCUCACCAUCGCCUCUUACCACAUCGCUCUAGCUAUGAACCACUUGCGCUCCAAAAUGAUUGUGCACUGUGACUUGGCUCUGAGGAAUAUCAUGGUCAAUAAGUUUCCUUGGGAGGUGAAAGUGGCAGAGUUCGGCCUUGCCCGAGACUUGUCACGCAUCACAAGUCGCCACAGCAACCGCUGGAGAAACCCACGGCAGCCAGUGCCACUGCGCUGGUACCCACCUGAGUACUUCAGGGACAACUACUACAGCUUCAAGGGAGACGUGUGGGCCUUUGGAAUCGUGCUGUGGGAGAUGCAGACAUUUGGUACCUUACCAUACCCAGACCUGGAGACCUCAGAGGCAGUGGUGUACCACAUCUGUAUCGGUCACAAAAACACAAACCCUGAAGGCUGCAGACCAGAGAUACUUCAUAUCAUGCAGGACUGUUGGCGGGAGCCAUACACACUGAGACCCUCAUUCACAGACAUUGUCCACAUGCUGGAGAACAUCCUGGAAAAUGAUGCAGAUUAUGUGGACAUCGUGGGUCCAGAGCUACUGGUAACAGACGGGGCUGAAUAUCAUGACUCUAAAUAUCUACGAGCAGCAAGCGUCACCUUGGAUGAUGAAAAUCACAUCUAAAUAAAUUAACAGGAACAUCAGAUCCAGCAGUUUACUGGACAUUUCAAAUCCAUGCACACUGUUUAGACUGCACCAGUGCAUCUGGUUGGGGGCAGCCUUUCAAGUGCUGUCUCAAAUUAGGCAACAGUGAGAUGAUCACACAUAAACAACCCAUCAAAAAUAAAAAAGUGAAAAUAGAUGCAACAGGAAAUGGAAUAAUAUUGUUUGGACGGUAAAUGUAAUGUCAUUUCAUGGGCUGAUUUGUCACUGUAAAAAAAUGAUACCGUGCCUCUACUUUUUAACUUUGAUCCAAGUCAUUUGAUGUGUUGUGCAUAUUCUGUUUUGACACAAGUACAACAGUUUUAGUUUGACAAAAGGGAUUUCUCUCCCAGGACGGACAGAAGUGAACUAGACUUCACAGGUAUCAGAGCACUUAAACAAUAUUUACAACGUUGAUGAUAGUGGAUGACAUAAAUGGAGAGGUGUAUCUAUGUUUAAAAUAUUUGUACAUAAAAAAUGUCUGACAGAGAUAAAGGGAGCAGCAAUGACACUUGUAAUGAUAUAGGUAUUGACAAUGAUGGUAUUAUAUGUGAUUAGGCAUAGUGUAUAUACUUAUAAAUCUGAACCCACGAUCAGCUGCCACCACGAUCUACAAUCCAUGGUCUUCAUCCACGAUGUGGCCAUAUUUUUCAAUAUUUAUAAUUUUUUCUCAAUAUAAGAGUAAACCCAGAAUACCUUUGGUUACACAACAUGGGUCAGAGGACUCACUGGUUCAGAAACACAGUACCGAGAAGAAAAACAAUAAAUGAAUAUUAAAAACAA